AUGUUGCCUCCAUACACAGAGGUACAGUAUAGCACCAAGCCUAAUGAGAAAAUGCACGGCCCAUUGAAAGAUGCUUAUCAAAAUCGUACAAAUUUCAAGAACUUCACUGAACAGAUCCUCCGAUACAACCAUCACAGCCUGGUUGCAGAAUAUGUUCGCAGCAAGUUGGAUUACCUUGACACUCAGAAUUUCAGUGCACCCGAGUCAGAUGAUCACACCGACGGUAUAGUUGAUUCGACAGAACCAACCGAUGCGCAACAUUUCAGUCUUGGUUCAAAACAGGCAACAAUGUCAUUCGCGGACAUCGAGGCACGUAGUUUGGGUGAUCCAGCAUUUGACAGAUUUCGGAUCAAGCUAAACGGCUUUCUGAACCACGCAUUUACUGCCAACCAGAUACCAUUUCCAGAUGGUCGACGGAUCCAACUCACUGCGAGCGACAUGAUCACGGAAUAUCAAUUCCUUAAAGUCAAUUUUGAGUCAUUUGUUGACUGGCGAGUGUCCACGGACUACCUUCGAUGCGCUCCAACUUUCCAUGGCUCGCCACGAUAUGAUUGUGUCAUCUUGCAGACCGACACUCGCAUCAUCUUUGGCAAAUUGAUGUUGAUUUUCACCUGCACAGUAGGAGAAGUUCAGUAUCCUAUCACGCUCAUUCUUCCAUACGAUCGACCAGUUGGUCUUCCUCAAAUUCAACACCUCAACCAUCACCUCACCCCUCUCAGGCGAGGCUUGUCGUGUCAUCGAAGAAGCAGAGGCACGGUAGCCCAUGCCGAUAGACAGAGAGACGAGGCAGAAGCACGCAGGCGCGUUGUUCUCGAGUCUUAUGACGAACUCAACAAAUAUCUCGCCACCAUUGAAUCCAGCGCUACUGACGCACGUGCUGGUUUCCAGCGCAUCCUUAGAGAUGCAGGUGGUCAUCUCGUCUUGACCCCCAUCCCAAAUCAAAUCCAGCACGAUCACAGCCCCUACUCUGCAAAUCCCAGCAUCACUGUAGAACCCCCACCACGUCCAUACCAUCGAUCUCACCAUCGCUACACUUCAUCAUCCCCUCCUACAGCACCGAUCUGCCAGCACAUACUUCACGCCUUACUUGACAGUGACGACUCCUCCGAGAUAUCCGCCAGCAUGGCAUCAACACCAGCACCCAGCAAGCUCACGCGAUCCAUACCUUGCACACCCAAAUGCCCGCUUUCCUCCGCAUCCAGCAGUGAGCUCCCCUCUGCAAUAAAGACCUCAAACGCACAGAAUUCGCCCCACCACCUCUACGCACAUCAGAUGGGAUCAUACACACCACCAGAGUUCCAUUUUGACGAAAUCAUCACUGGCUCUGAGAACAAGCCGGUCUACAAUGCUGUGGCUCGCAGUCACAUAUGCGCUGCCAUGGAUGGCUACAGUUCUGCUGCUCUCCCUCCAGCCCUCCCUCCUCCCCCAUUCACUCGUGGUGUCCGUCCUCGCUCAGGGAGCUUCGAUGACCCAUCUUAUCUCAUUGCACCCCUCCAGUCACCUUCCAAACGACCUCGCAAUGACCGUGGCGAAUAUGAUCACAGGCCCCCUCUCUCCGUCAUAGGAUGA